AUGGGGGCUGAGGGUGGUGGAGGAGGAAUUAUUACCACUGACGUUGUAACCUUGAUGGAAAAGGCCAAGUUUUACACUUCGUUAUGUCUUGGUACUACCGCAAUAGUAUCCGUAUUCGCUUUCCUGUUCCUCAUACCAUUUGUCGUGGAUCCCGCGAUUUCAACUAUAAUGUCCGAUUACAAUCCUUACGCCGUUACAUGCAUUUCGGUAAGCCACACUUACGAAGAAGGCCUCCGAAAUUGUUCCUGGUCUUCGUGCCGAGAGGGAUGCACUACUGCAGCUUUGCGUUGUCACAAGAUCCUAGUUAACUACACUCGUGUCCCUUUCAGUGAAUGGGGAAAUCGAAGUACGGACAACGUGGCAUGGGAUGUAGGAGACACUAAGUUUUACGUGAACACAGAAGGGUGUGGUUAUCCACCGAGAGUCAACUGUUCUGAGUUUGCUAAAGAGUUCGGAUACAAGAACUUAAUGAAGCCAUUCCCUUGCUACUACAGCCGUACAUACCCAGAAAUGGUGGUGGCCAGAUACAGCUGGGAAGAGAACCUCAGACAUCUGAUACUGUCACUUGUCGUACCGAACGUCCUCUUUGGCGUUUCCAUUGGCGUGCUAAGCUACUGGUACUGCCCUAGUUGUAGUCGAGCAUGCAACAGGAAGUCCUACGCUGACAAGUACCCACCCAAGGAAGAGUAA